CGCCCGCUCGCACCAUGCCCUGCAGUCAAUCGGAGAAAAUGAGCACAACGUCGCCAAUCCAAUGGAAUCAAAUCACGGAUAUGCGUUCAGAUUUUCAAACACGCGGCCGCCAUAUUGGAUUCGGAUUCUACCAUUCGAAGCGGAGGGGCCGCUCGAGGAGAGCGGUCGAUUCGUCGGGAGUAUUCAAGACUGGCAGGUUGUUUUUGUUGGAAAUCAUAUCUGAGCCCGGAGGAAAUCAAACGCAAUAGCAGAUGGGAGCCACUAGGGGGCAGCGACACUCCACCGCCGCGUGUGUUCAGCCUCAAGAGGAAGAGGAAGAGGAAGAGGAAGCGGUAGAUACAAACAAACAAACAAACCGGGACGGUGCGAUGCGAUGUCUGGGCUCUGCGGGAAAACUGUACCGGUGAAAAUUCGGAGUUGUGAUGGAAACAGAAAGUACGGAGUGGCGGCCAAAGACCUGAAGGAGCUGCUCCAAAAAGGCUGCAAGUUAUUACAGGUGCCACUGGCCGGUGCACACGUGUGUUUGUAUUCUGAUGGGACAAAAGUGACGGAGGAGUUUUUCCCGACGCUGCCUGACCACGCUGAACUUGUUCUCCUCUCCAGAGAGCAGACGUGGAGCGGGGUUGUGUGCGACAUCGGCCGUUUGCUGAACACUGACCGGCACGCCGAGGGGCUCGUCCGAGCAGCGAAGGGGCUCCUGUCUGAGGAGCAGUCUCCGAGGACACGCAAGAUCCUGACGGACCUGCUGCUGAACCUGGAGGACAGAUCCGAGCUGGAGAGCAGGGCGGACGAUGAAGAGUGGUUCAAAGGCGUGGACGCUCGAUUCAAGACAAAGUCGUCCUACAUGAAGUUCAACUGUGAGAGCAGGAUCCGAGGUUACAUGAAGGAGGUGGAUGACGCCGCCAAAACUAUAGAGAAAGUGAAAUUCCGGGCGGAGUUGUUGAAAACAGCGAAGCGCCUGGCGGAAAUGCUGAAAGCAGCAAAGUACAACGGCGGCUACUUUGACAGGACUGAGAAGGAGCCCGACCGCCUCUGCACUCGGGACGGAUGGUUUACCUGCCAGGGACCGUUUGACCAGAACGCGUGCCGGUCCCUCCACUCCAUCAACCCCUACGGCAGCCGAGAGAGCAGGGUCGUCUUCAGCACGUGGAAUCUGGACCACAGGAUCGAGAAAAAGAGGGCGAUCAUCCCCGCCCUGCUGGAGGCCCUGCGGAAUCGCAAGGCCGACGAGGUCAACCUGACCUACUUCUACCGCCUGCUGUUCACCAGGGAGAACCUGAAGCUGGUUCACAUCGUGUGCCACAAGAAGGGAGCUCACGACCUGCGGUGCGACUCCAGGAGGAUUUACAGACGAGCCGGAAACGCAGGCGGGGGCAACCAGAGGGCCAGAGGGAAGAAGAGGCGCUUGAUGUGAAUAUUUAGAGCUGAUUUUUGAUUAAUGUGUAUGAGCUGUGACAAAAAAUUCUGUGAAUAAUUAUCUCAGGUCCGUGUAGCAAGAUCACAACAACAAUUUUUUUUUACCUCACUAUUAAGCUGUGCAGAGCUGUGAUACAGUCCGACAGGAGUAUUCACACUGACUUGGAAAUCGUGGGACACAUUUAUUUGUUUGUCGUGUUGGCAGGGCAAUGUCAAACGCGUGAGCUGAUUACAAUGUACAGGCCUGUCGCUCCGUCAACGAGUUGCAUAGAAGAAUAUAAAAAGCUUUUUUUGUUUUUGUAUAAAUACGGCAGUAAAAAUAUAUAUAUACAUUUGCUUAAGUGGUCAGAACAAUCAGCUAUGUACAAAAAUUUUAUAACAGACAAAUCUUUUGCAAUCGCUUUACACCUCUUGUUGAAAUUAGUGCUACGUUUACUUACAAACGUUUUAUAUUUAUUUUCAUAAUUUUCAUAUGUAAAUUUUUAUCAUAUCUUCUCUAACAGAAACCAUGUCAGUGUAGAUUAUUAGCUGCAUCCAUAUGUUCAUGUACAGACAAAAGGUGUUUGUGUUAAUCGGAGCACACAGAGAUGCAUCAAGGACGAUUAUUAGACACUUGGUGAGUUAAUGAAUCUCGUAAUGAAAACUACUGACGUCACAUUCAUCUUCGACAAGGAAUUUUGUGAUAUUAAAUGAUCUCUUUCUGAAGCGGUUA